GGGCAUCAGAUGAGAACCCUGACUAUACAGUUGUGGCUACUGUUGCAGCAACCAUUCUUCGUAACCGGUGCAUGCAGAUGUCAGCCUUGGCCUACCAGAUUGGUCUUAUCCUUCGUUUCUCUGGAACAUCACAAACAGGACUGGAAAUUCUGAAAGCUCAUGGUCUUACUGUCCACCCUACCCAGCUAACAGCCAAGGCAAAAGAAAUGGGGCAUGAUCAUGACAAGACUCUUCUUGAAUGGAAGGGAAAUAUUGAGAAGCACAAAGACACAAUGCAGUGUUUAGAGAUUGUAAGGCAUUGUCUACAAAGCUUGGAAAAUCAUCCAGAACUACCCUCAAUUGGACAGUUGUGUUCUUACCUUACAGCAGCUGAUCUGAGUGAUACAUAUUGCAGUGUGAUAAAUGCUAUUGAUACCAACAUGGGCACCACAGAUUUCUCCUCAUUAAACCUGUCAUGUCUCUACAAUAUGUCCCUACCUAUCCAUGUUAUUCAGAGCAUAGGAAGGGAGCUACUGGAGAAGCAAGUCAGUGCUGAAGUUGCCAAGAACACAUUUACAUUUGUUUCACAUACAACACAACCAGGAGAUGAUGCUUUGAGUGCCAUUAACAAAUCUAUUCAGAUUGGAAAGCAUUUAGCCCCUAAAGGGUACCAAAUUAUUGGAGACAACUUGGACUUGCACAUCAAUGUAAGACAUAUGGAUAACUCGAACAAGAAUAAGUCUCUUCAUACAUUUAAUCUUGUUGCCAUGGAGGAUUUUGUCUCAGGCUCACACCUACCAGAUGUAACUCAAAGGACUCUUGACACUGUUCCAGUACAUGAGUUUCUACCAUCUGUAGAAGAUAUACCAAAGCUGAAGAAAGAUCUCAUCCCACUGUGGUCUCGUGUUAUGGUUAAACAGCUACCAGCAUUCCACUUUUUUAGGUCUGCAGUUGUGUACCAUAUACCCCAUGAGUAUAGCGAGGUGAUGACUCUUCCAUCCAUUGAGGUACCCCUUGGUUGCCUGCCAAAGAAUGAGACACUUAAUGAAGACAUGGUCGACAUAAUGGAGCACAUCCAAGAAAAAUAUGUUCCUAUGACACAAGCAAAUGGGAGAAAGACCCCUGCUGACUUUGUUUGCUUUGGGGGUGAUCAACUCACUGAGGAAAGAGCACGGAAUAUCCAGAAAGCACGUGCAGAUGGAAGAGACGUUGAUGACUCGCUAGUAGGUCUUUGGAACAAAAACGAAGAUUGGCAUGGUAUUCGCAUCGCAUACCAGCUGGCUGUUGAUGUUUUACGGAAGCCUAAUUCAGUUAUGGAUUGGGGGACAAUGGCAAGCAAUGCUAUUGUUUCUGGGAAUAACAAUGCCCUCAAGGACACACUGGACCACUAUGAUUCAGUGAAAGAGUUCUUCGCAAUUGAGGUGGAUGCAUUUAUUAUUGCUGCUACCCUCAAUCAUUUUGGAAUGGAAGACACAACAAGUGUACCCCAAAAGAUGCCAGAAAAUCUAAAGAAAUCAAGUAAAGAAGCUCAGAGAACAUGGCUUCACAAGGAAAUCAGUUCAAUGCUUGAGUUGCUGGUAAUGCCAGGGUACUCUAGGCUUCCUGGUAUUAUAUCAGCUUACCAUCCUCGUCCUGACCUACCAUGCCGUGGACCAAAUUGUGGCAGAAUUUUCAAGUAUUCCAAAUGUCGCAUCCAGCACGAGGAAAGAGAGCAUGAUCUUGUGGCAGCAGAUGAAGCAAUAACGGAAAGUGAAAGCACAUCAAAUAAUAAUGAGGAAGAUUACAUUUUCAAUUAUGGUUGCCUCCAUUUAAGUAUUGGUCUUCUUCUUAGAGAUGCAGAUGACUCCGUGAAGGAAGGUGAUGGUGAACGCCUCUUGCGAGUGUGGAACUUUCUUACUGUUUUUUAUCAGCUGCAUAACCACACCAAGUAUGCUCUGGCUGCACUCCGUUUGAGAGCAUCACAGCUUGCCUUGCUCACACCAAGAGAAGCACACAGAUUAAAAUGGAACCGUUUCUCAUCCAUCAAAGGGGGACAAGCCAAAUGCAUAUCUCGAGACUUGAGGCUUGAAAAAAUCAACAAAGUGUCAAAGGAAUGCAUUCGGGCCAUGGGUGCACCAAACGUCAACAGCGCAUCGAUCAAAUCCUCCACGCAAUCUACUGGACCACUCUUAAAACUGUUGGAAUGCUCAAAGCAAGACCUCGGACAGAAAGCACGCUCUACACAUCACACAAACAAGAUCAAGCAGCAAACAUUUGUCACUGUGUUGGAGCAGGUCCACAAAAAGGCAAAGGUCUUCACCUUUCAGGCUGGAAGGAAGUAUGCAUCCUUUCCAACACUAAGUCGUGACCUCUUUGAUGGUGUAAAUGCCCAACUGCUACAUCGCUGGAUUUGCAAGCACCGAAAGAAGUGGCACAGGCAGAACUGACCUUAUUACAAGAUGCAGUAGUACCAGGAAACCUUACAAACCAAGUUCAUGCUCUGGAAAGUUUGGUUGCCUUAGGCAAGUACCUGGAUUUGCUUAUGGGUCUGGGUAGCCUUUGAUUGUUGAAAAAAGCGUAUUAAUGAUUUCUAUCUGUACUGCUUUCAUUUCUGCUUGUCAAAACAUCCAACAAAUAUCAUUGUUUCUCAAUUGGGAAAGUUAUUUCUGAACUACUGUAAAUUGCAAACAGAAGCAGGUAUGUUGCAGGCCCGUAGCCAAAUUUAAUAUUUAAAGUAAAAAUCAGCAGGUAAGAACAUAGAUUAUUUCAAGACUGGCAAAACAGGAGACAAUCUACAUUCUACUUCUUAAUUUCUGGUUAUAGGUUCUUAAAUCAGUAGGUUUUUACAUGUGGGUUUUUACUGUACCCAUACCCUUCAAAUUGCAUAUAAGGUGUACAUAAGGUUUUAAUAUUAUGAAAUUUUCUCCUAGUUCUAGUUGAAGAAAGAUUUCACUUCAGCUUGAUCAUGCUUCACCAUAUGGAGAAAAGAAGCUGGCUUGGGAAAAUAAAUUGUACUUACAUUUCUAUGUAUAAAUGAGUAAUAUACAUGCUGUAUAAAACUACCAGUGCAGAGUAAAAGAGUACAGUAAAAGAAUUGAAUUAUAAAAAAAACUGUUUUAGUAUUAUAUUACAUUAUCAAAUUUACAAAGGGUAGCUAUUACGUAACUUAGAGCAUAUAGAGAAAUCCCCACCCAUCAAUGCUUUAUGUAUAUUAUUGUGUACAGGAUGUUCUUUUGAGGCAACAGUUUUGUCAAAAAAAGUAAAAUCGGGAUUAGCAAAUGCAAAAGUAAUUGAAACCCUCA